AUGGCAAAAGCAAAUCACACACUGGUGUAUGAAUUCAUCCUGGUUGGAUUUGCUGGGUCUCCAGAAUUACAGAAUCUGCUCUUCAUUUUCUUCCUGACAGUCUAUUUCAUUACCUUGCUGGGAAAUUGUGUAAUGUUUCUGUUAAUCCAGAUAGACUCUCGGCUUCACACCCCCAUGUACUUCUUCCUUAGUAACCUGUCAUUACUGGACCUUUGCUAUUCUUCUGUGGUCACCCCAAAGAUGUUGAUCGAUUUUGUAAUAGAAAGCAAAACCAUUUCCUUGAGGGAAUGUGCAGCACAAAUGUGGUUUUUUGCCUUCUUCGUGGCUGCUGAAUGUUAUCUCUUAGCUUCCAUGGCAUAUGAUCGGUAUGUAGCUAUUUCUAAUCCAUUGCUUUAUAUGGUUAUUAUGUCUAGGAAAACCUGUCUAUUACUCUUAGUUCCACCUUGUUUUGCUGGACUAUUAAAUGCCAUGACACAUACAGUUAUGACCUUCCAAUUAACUUUCUGCAAAUCCAAGAUCAAUCAUUUCUUCUGUGAUAUCCCUGCUGUGAUAUCCCUCUCCUGCUCUGAGACACAAAUCAACAAAAUGGUGCUUUUUAUCAUGUCCUGUAUUCAUGGCACUCUCAGCAGCGUUUUUAUUAUUAUCUCCUACAUCUAUAUUCUUUGUGCCAUCCUAAGGAUCCGGUCUGUGGAGGGCCAGCGGAAGGCUUUCUCCACAUGUUCCACCCAUUUCACUGCUGUUUCCAUCUUCUAUGUCACCCUCUUCUUUAUAUAUGUGCGGCCCAGCCAUAGUUUUCUACCAGACCGAGGCAAGAUGUUUUCUGUGUUUUAUGCAGUGGUGAUCCCCAUGUUAAACCCACUGAUCUAUAGCAUAAGGAACAAGGAAGUACAAGAUUCCAUAGGGAGAAUGAUCAGAAGAAAAAGAACCUUGAAAAAAGCACACAUGGCAAAAGCAAAUCACACACUGGUGUAUGAAUUCAUCCUGGUUGGAUUUGCUGCAUCUCCAGAAUUACAGAUUCUGCUUUUCAUUUUCUUCCUGACAGUCUAUUUCAUUACCUUGCUGGGAAAUUUUGGGAUGUUUCUGUUAAUCCAGAUCGACUCUCAGCUUCGCACCCCCAUGUACUUCUUCCUUAGUAACCUGUCAUUACUGGAUCUUUGCUAUUCUUCUGUGGUUACCCCAAAGAUGUUGAUCGAUUUUGUAAUAGAAAGCAAAACCAUUUCCUUAAGGGAAUGUGCAGCACAAAUGUGGUUUUUUGCCUUCUUCGUGGCUGCUGAAUGUUAUCUCCUAACUUCCAUGGCAUAUGAUCGGUAUGUAGCUAUUUCUAAUCCAUUGCUUUAUACGAUUAUUAUGUCUAGGAAAACCUGUCUAUUACUCUUAGUUCCACCUUGUUUUGCUGGACUAUUAAAUGCCAUGACACAUACAGUUAUGACCUUCCAAUUAACUUUCUGCCAAUCCAAGAUCAAUCAUUUCUUCUGUGAUAUCCCUGCUGUGAUAUCCCUCUCCUGCUCUGAGACACAAAUCAACAAGAUGGUGCUUUUUAUCAUGUCCUUCACUCUUGGCACGCUCAGCAGCGUUUUUAUUAUUAUCUCUUACAUCUAUAUUGUUUGUGCCAUCCUAAGGAUCCGAUCUGUGGAGGGACAGCGGAAGGCUUUCUCCACCUGUUCCACCCACCUCACUGCUGUUUCCAUCUUGUUUGUCACCCUCUUCUUUAUAUAUGUACGGCCCAGCCAUAGUUUUCUACCAGACCGAGGCAAGAUGUUUUCUGUGUUUUAUACAGUGGUGAUCCCCAUGUUAAACCCACUGAUCUAUAGCAUAAGGAACAAGGAUGUACAAACUGCUGUAGGCAGGAUGAUCAGAAGGAAGGGACUUUUAUAA